AUGGUGAAGGUUCAGCCGGGGGAGGAGGUGGUGGUUUGCACUCUCUGGACGCUCAUGCUCUUUCCAGAUGACUCUGUUCUCAGACACAACCCACGAGACGCCGUGCUCAAGUGGAUCCAGGCUCUCGAGCCCCGCCUCGUCCUGCUAGCAGAGGUCGACGCGGCCCUCAACGGCCCCUUCUUCCUCGCCCGCGUGCGCGAGACCUUCCGAUCCAUGCUCGCUUUCAUCUCGACCAUCCAUUCUACCAAGCCCGAUGCCUUGAUCUCGCCCGUCCAUUCCCUCUGGGAGGGGGUGCUGUUCCGCGAGCUCAUCAACUGCGUCGGAUGCGAGGGGAUCCAACGGCUGAUACGCGCCGAGAGGCUGGAGCAGUGGCAGGAGCGGAUGGGCAGGUUAGGGUUUGAGGAGGUGAGGCUGGGGAGUGAGACCUUUGCUGCGAUGAGAGAGACAACAGAACGGAGGGAUGGGAGAUUUGAAGUGGUGUCGGUGGGGGGUGCUGCAAGGCUCAUGUGGAAAGGGCAGCCGGUGCUGGCUGUGUCUGCUUGGAGGAGGAGUGAGGUAGGCUCUGAUUUUCUUACUGCCUUGACCAAGCCAGAUGCUACCGCGGUCAGGGAACCUUCAGCCGGCGAUAAAGAUGUUUCUGCUUGCAAUGUCCCCGCUGGUUUCGGAGUCACCGCUCCCAACGCCGCCGCUUGCGACGCCACCGCUUGCGACGCCACCGCUUGCGAUGCCACCGCUUCUGACGCCGUUGCGGACGGCGCUACUUCUACCGCGUCCGGCGCCACCGCUUCCGAAUGCAUUGAUUUCGACGCCAACCGUUCCGACGCCGCCGCCGCUUCCGACGCGACCGCUUUCGAAGUCGUCGAUUCCGAAGUGGUCAAUUCUGACGCUAACAGUUCCGAUGUCAACGAUUUCGAGAGGGUGAGGGGUUUCGACGCGACAGCCGCUUCCGAUGGGAUCGCUUUCGAAGUUGUCAAUUCCAAAGUCAUUGAAUCUAACGCCAGCAGUUCUGAUGUCAACGAUUCCGAGAGCGCGGGGGGUUCCGACGUCACAGCCGUCGGUACAGACGCCAAAGGAUCCGAAGGCGGCCGAUCCAGCAUCGACGGACCUUGUCAACCAUUCCUAGCAAAAGAGACACGCUUCGCUGCGGCUGGAGUCGUUUACUAG